UUCCCGAUUGGCUGAGUCGCGGUUGCGCGGUCAGGCAGAGAGCCCAGCUGAAGGGAGUCUUGCCUGCGGGCAGCGUCUCCCUCUCUCUCUCAACCGGUUAAUAACCGCACUCGAGUAACUGGUGCGUCCACGUGGAUGAUCAAUCAUGGAAUUACUUGGUCGAUAUCUGGAUAGGAGCAAUUCGAUAAGCUCUGUCAUGACACAAGAUGUUGUCAAAGAGGAGAACCUGAGAGAUGACCUGAGGUUCUACUUCAUGAGCCCGUGUGAGAAGUACAGGGCCCGACGACACAUACCCUGGAAGCUGGGAGUGCAGAUCCUGAAGAUCGUCAUGAUCACCACACAACUCGUCCUGUUCGGCCUCAACAACCAGCUGGUGGUGUCCUACAAGGAGGAGAACACCAUGGCUCUCAAAAGACUUUUCCUGAAGGACUACAGUGGGGUGGAUGAGGACGACUACAGUGUUGCUGUCUACACCCAACAUGGUGUCUACGACAGCCUGUUUUAUGUCCUGGAUCAGUACAGCCAGCUGGGCCGACUCACUACCGCUCCUAUCAGUUACGCUGAUGAUGAAGAUGGCAAGCCGUGGCCUCUCAUCAUCUGCAAAGCGUACUACAAGAGAGGCAGCGUGGAGCCCUCAGACGAGUCCUACGACAUCGACGCCCAGCUGGAGACAGUUUGUAUGUCACACCAUCCAAAGACUGCAAACCUGUGGAAAACCCAUAAUUCAUCCUUUUUUGAUCUGGACUUUUACAGGCUCGUCGACAUCAAAUUAACCUUCCAGGUGAAGGGAAUCAACCUACAGACAGUGCGUUCACGGGAGUUACCUGACUGCUACUUGUUCUAUGUCACGAUAACAUUUGACAACCAGUGUCACAGUGGAAUGGUGAAAAUAUUCCUGGACAUAGACGCUCACAGCAGCGCAUGCAGAGGCUGGAAGAUAUCUGGGACGGCUCAGAAGAACACACACUAUCUCCUGAUGUUCGAUGGCUUCAUCAUUCUUGUCUGCCUCACGUCAGCCGUGCUGUGCACCCGCUCCAUCGUGCUGGCUGUCAGGUUACUCCAGAGAUUCUCCCGAUUCUUCCAUGAGAACUACAAUCGCAAAGUGUGUGAGGACGAUCAGAGGGAGUUUCUGAACGGCUGGUAUGUGCUGGUCAUUGCCAGCGACAUCUUGGCCAUAAUUGGAUCCAUACUGAAGAUGGAAAUACAAGCAAAGAGCCUGACCAGUUAUGACGUGUGCAGUAUCUUCCUGGGAACAUCUACGUUAAUGGUGUGGGUCGGUGUGAUCAGGUACCUGGGAUACUUCCAGAAAUACAAUGUGCUGAUUUUAACCAUGAAAGCAGCCUUCCCCAAGGUCCUGCGCUUCUGCUGCUGCGCCGGCAUGAUCUACCUCGGCUACACCUUCUGCGGGUGGAUCGUACUGGGCCCGUACCAUGAGAAGUUUGAGGGCCUGAGUCGCGUGGCGGAGUGCCUGUUCUCCCUGUUGAACGGCGACGACAUGUUCACCACCUUCGCCCAGCUGAAGGACAAAAACAUGCUGGUGUGGUUCUUCAGCCGGGCGUACCUCUAUUCCUUCAUCUCCCUGUUCAUUUACAUGGUGCUGUCGCUCUUCAUCGCCCUCAUCACAGACGCCUACGAGACCAUCAAGAACUACCAGAGGGAUGGAUUCCCGUUGACGGACCUGCAGAAGUUCCUCAGAGAGCACAAAGAUUUUCCUGUUCUAGAGGAGAGCAGUCAGACAGACGUUCACGUCAGACACUCUGUGCUCUGCUGCUGCCAACGAGUUCCAGAAAAUGACGACGUCAUACUUAUCAGCUGACAACUGUCCCACCUCCAGAUGAGACGGUUCGGGGAGGAUGCUGGGAGCAGGACAGCACACGUCUGAUGCAGACGUCAGACGCUCCUGCUCAAAAAUCCUAGAACGUGUAGAGAUGACUUUCCAGGAGUAAGAUUCUGUGAAGUGCAAUAUGAAACGCCAAACAAGUUCCUUCAAUUAAACAUGAAACUGGAACUCAAGCUCAAGAGUUGGAACGGGGCCCAAGAUAAAAAGGCUUCACAUGUUGUUUAACAGUAUCUGUUGGAGUUCAGGAUAUCGACGAGGAGUUUACUGGGCCUUUUUUCAUGCAUACCGACGCGUUAGUUGCCAAAGAACUGGAUUCAGUGUUGUUCUGCACUUGAGUGUCACUGCAAACAGCAGGUCUAUGCAAUGUCAUGCAGCGCUAGAUGUAAUUUAUUUUUCUCAAGUGUUGUUGUAAAGAACACAAUAAAGCCAAUGUUUUUAUUUUUCCAUA